AUGGCUAUUACAGAGAUAGAUUUAAGUGAUCGAAUAAAAAUUUUAUCUCUUGAUACAAAAGAUGGUGAAGAGUAUAAAUAUAUAUCUAAUUUUUCUGAAAAUAUAUUAAUAGAAGUUCAAAAUAUUGUAUCAAAAUAUCUUAGUGAACCAUACUCUAUUUAUACAUAUAGAUAUUUUUUAAUAAAAUGGCCAGAACUUUGUAUAGCAUGUAUGAAAGGUAAUAAAUUAAUUGGUGCUAUUGUAUGUAAAGAAGAAAUUAUUGAAACUGGUAGAAAAGAGGGAUAUAUAGGUAUGCUGGCUGUUGAACCUAAUUAUCGUGGACAAGGAAUUGGUUCUAAAUUAGUAGAAAAAGCUAUAGAGAAAAUGAGAGAUAAUGGUUGUGAUGAGGUUACUCUUGAAACAGAAGUUACAAAUGAGGGUGCUCUUGCACUUUAUACAAGAUUUGGAUUCAUAAAACUUCAAAAACUUUUUCGUUACUAUUUAAAUGGUGUUGAUGCAUUUAGAUUAAAACUUUUUUUAACAAAUCCUUUAAAAAGUGGAAAUUGA